AGACAUUUAAUAUGGUUUAAUCAUUUGUAGGUAGUCUUUAACAGAAUUCCACAAAACACGCUUCCAAAAAAGUCAAGAGAAAUAAUGGCAUAUUUCGAGAAGUGUUUAGAAGUCAGCUGGUUGGCAGCAGUACAGGACCCGCCCUUGGCUCUUAACUUCAAUCCGGGUGAAAAGUUUGAUACAGCCCUGUUCAAAGACUAUACCAAGAGAGGACCAUAUGUGGAGUUCCUGGUGUGGCCGGCGCUUCAUCUUCAUGAAGCUGGGCCCUUAUUGACAAAAGGAGUAGCACAAGGCUGCCAACACAAUCCAUAUGAUCGUAGAAGAGUUAUUCCAUCUGAUCAGUCGUUCACGCCUCAAAACAAACAACCACGGUUUAAUGAAGAAAUCAGAGAUGCCGAUCGACAAAUUUAUUCUCAGCCUGUGUCAUCAACGAAACAAAACCCAAACCAUUCUGCUACUUUCUACCAGGGAACGACACGGUCGGGUGACAGGUAUAAUACUGGAGAACAUCAUAAAACAAUGCAACCGGGUAGACUUGGACAUCAAGGUUAUAGAGACACUCAAAUCUAAACGAACGAUGCACACACACACACGCACGCACGCACACACGCACGCACACACAAACGCCGACGACUUCAAUGACAUCAAUAAAAUUACAAUUGACUUUUUUCUCCAAAAAACAAACGAGUAUACAAUUGGAUGUUGUCAAUCAGAGGAAAAUACGAUUGGCAAGUUCCAUUAGACACUGUAAAUAUAUUUUGUGACCAAAGGAGCCCUUAAACAUGUUUAACCAUUAUAAAUAUAUAACAGCAGAUUGCUUGUUAAACAGUGUGUAACGUAUAUGUAUUAUAUUCUCAUUGAUGUUAUUACUGUACACAUAGCAUUCAGUAUUCAUGUUGUUUCUUCAUGCCUUCAAUUAUAACAUGUAGAUUAGGCCCUAGACUUAAUAUUUAAUGUUUGACUACAUGGGUUCUUCCAUGGUAUUAUUCAUAUGAAUUGUAUAAUUUCAGCUGCAUUUAUAUACUAUGGCUAGCUCAUUUGAAUAUUACCUUAAUCAGCAGCAUUCAUUGGCUUUCCCGGUUUGCUAAUGGUGCGACUCUGCCAUCUGGGGGAUUAUGACUGAAAAUAGUGCACAUGGAGCUUUUUAUGUAGUCUUUUAGCCUGCUUUUGUAUUCAGCUUGUAAAUAACUGUGGCGAUGCAUUCAUGAUGUUUUCGAUUGAAACAGCACCAGACAAAAACACUCAUCCUCAGUUAUUUAUGAAUUUCCAUUUGCAUGUUUAUAUAUCAACAGAAAGUAGCUUUAUUUAUGUUUAAUUAUCCUCCGCCGAAUCGAAGGUUCCGGGAGGGGGAUAUUGUUUUGGCGUUGUCCGUCCGUCCGUCAUUCCGUCCGUCCGUCCGUCCGGAACCAUAUCUUAGUAGGCAUUGAUCAGAAAUGAUCAAACUUGGUCAGAAUGUCCCCCUUAAUAAAAUCUCGACCACUUGUAAAGUGGGUUACAUGGGGUCAAAACUAGGUCACUAUGUCAAAUCUUAGAAAAAAUCUUUGGAACAAACUAGAGGCAUUAUACAUGGUCAAAUAUUCAUGAAACUUAUUCAAAAUGUUUUCCUUGAUGAACUCUUGGACGUAUAUAAAACUGGGUCACGUAUGAUCGAAAAUUAGGUCACUAGGUCAAAUCUUAGAAAAAUCUUGUCAGGAACCAUAUCAUGGUAAUGAUUGGUUAGAUUAUGUUUAAACUUGGUCAGGAUGUACCCCUUGAUGAAAUAUGGACCGCUUGUAAAAGUGGGUCACAUGGGUCAAAAACUAGGUCAAAUCCUUGAAACAAACUAGAGGCAUAAUACAUGGUCAAAUAUUCAUGAAACUUAAUAAAGAUGUUUACCUUGAUGAAGUCUUGGACAUAUGAAAAACUGGGUCACAUAUGGUCGAAAAUUAGGUCACUAUGUCAAAUCUUAGAAAAAUCUUGUCAGGAACCAUAUCAUGGUAAUGAUUGGUCAGAUUAUGUUUAAACUUGGUCAAGACGUACCCCUUGAUAAAAUAUGGACCGCUUGUAAAAGUGAGUGCUAUGGGGUCAAACACUUGGUCACUAGCUCAACUCUUAGAAAUAUCUUUGGAAUACAUUAGGGGCAUUAUGUAUGGUCUAGUAUUCAUGAAACGUCAUCAGAAUGAUUUCCUUGAUGAACUCUUUGAAAUGUUUAAAACUGGAUCAUAUGUGAUAAAUAAAUUAGGUCAGUAGGUCAAAUAUUGUCCGAAACCAUUUUAUGGUAGUGAUUGGUCGGAUUAUGUUCAUACAUGUAUGACUGAGCACAUGAUAAUAAUUCUAAACAAACUCAAACUUAUACCCAACGUUCAUAACGGUACAUUUCUCUGCAGCCAAAUUACAUGUUAAUAUAGGAAUAUUCCAGCUACUUUUCAUUUCCAAUCCAUAGACUUUGCCUAAUCAGGCGGGGGAUAUCAAUUCAACGAAUUUGCUUGUUUACAUUAUAUUGUCCAUAUGUAGUUCACCUUGAACAUAGAGGAAAUAAAGUUGUUUUCAUG